GUGAUAUCGUAACAAACGGCCACACUCUACUGUUAUCGUCAUCGGGUUGCUUAUGUCCCCUCCCCGCCCAUCUAUUUGUUUUUAUUGUUGAUUUGCUUGAAAAGAAUUGAAAAAUUAAAAACAAAAUGAAGAAAAAGGUAUUGCUGAUGGGAAAGAGUGGCUCUGGCAAGACCAGCAUGCGUUCCAUUAUCUUUGCCAACUAUAUAGCCCGUGAUACGACACGCCUUGGAGCAACAAUUGAUGUGGAGCACUCACAUGUCAAGUUUCUGGGCAAUCUGGUCCUCAAUCUGUGGGACUGUGGCGGCCAGGAGGGCUUCAUGAAGCAGUACAUUGCGCAGCAGCGUGACAACAUAUUCCGCAAUGUGGAGGUGCUCAUCUAUGUGUUCGAUGUGGAGAGCCAGGAGAUGGAGCGGGACGUCCACUACUAUCAGAGCUGCCUGGAGGCGUUGCUGCAGAACUCCCCGGAAGCGCUAAUCUUUUGCCUAGUCCACAAGAUGGAUCUGGUGCCCGAGGAGCAGCGCGAGGAAGUUUUCAAAGAUCGCGAAGAGGAUCUCAUACGCUUGUCGAAGCCUGGCAAUGUGACCUGCUUCCGCACCAGCAUCUGGGAUGAAACAUUGUACAAAGCCUGGUCUUCCAUUGUAACAAUGCUGAUACCCAAUGUGGCCGCCCUUGAGGACUCUGUGACGCACUUUGCCAAUGUGAUUGAGGCGGACGAGGUGUUGCUCUUCGAGAAGGCCACCUUUCUGGUCAUAUCCUACUUUCAGAGCAAAAAGAAUCGCGAUUCGCAUCGGUUCGAGAAGGUCUCGAACAUCAUCAAACAGUUCAAGCUGAGCUGCUCCAAGCUGGGCGCCAAGUUUCAGUCAAUGGAGGUGCGAAACAGCGCCUUUGCCGCUUUCAUCGACACCUUCACGAGCAACACCUACGUCAUGGUGGUCAUGUCCGAUCCGACUCUACCCUCGGAGGCCACGCUCGUCAAUAUACGGAAUGCUCGCAAGCACUUUGAGGAGCUGGAGAAUCCGAAUAAUAGUGCCAUGAACCAUCAUAGCCACAAGUACCAUUGAUGCCGCGCUGAUUCGUUGUUUUCUGCUUCCCCGUGCCUG